GGCGGCCAAAACUCCGAGGAGAAGUUUUGAGUUUGGUUGGAAAAUGGCGGCGAGCAGUGGUGGCGAAGACAUCAAGUUCAGCGUGGUGGUGAGCAUGUUCCAGUGGAUACACAAGAGCAAAUCCAAGCCGCUAAAACAGUCCAAGUUCCGAAAGUUUCUGGACACUUUCUGCCGGAAGCCUCAUGACUACUUCGCUGCAAUGCGGCUCAUCCUCCCUGGCCUCGACCGCGAUCGCGGCUCCUAUGGUCUAAAAGAGCACGUGCUUGCCACCUGCAUCAUCGACGCCCUCGGCAUAUCCCGCGACUCCGACGACGCCCACCGCCUCCUCAACUGGCGCAAGGCUGGCCCUAGAGCUGGCCUCAAUGCUGGAAAUUUCUCCCUUGUAGCCGCUGAGGUCCUACAGCGCAGGCAGGGAGUGUCUUCUGGUGGGCUAACAAUAAAAGAAUUAAACGAUUUGCUUGAUGCCUUAGCUUCAAGUGUGAACAGAUCUGAGAAGACUACUGUUCUUUCUGACCUCAUUAGGAGAACAAAUGCUCAGGAAAUGAAGUGGAUUGUUAUGAUAAUUCUCAAAGAUCUUAAGUUGGGAAUUAGUGAAAAAAGCAUCUUUCAUGAAUUCCAUCCAGAUGCAGAAGACUUGUUCAACGUUACUUGCGACUUAAAACUUGUCUGUGAAAAGUUAAGAGAUAGAAAUCAACGGCAUAAGCGCCAGGAUAUUGAAGUUGGAAAAGCGGUGCGCCCUCAACUAGCUCUUAGGGUCAGCAAUGCAGCUGCUGCAUGGAAGAAGCUCCAUGGAAAGGAAGUAGUUGUUGAGUGCAAAUUUGAUGGGGAUCGCAUCCAGAUUCAUAAAAACAAAGCAGAGAUGCACUUCUUCUCUAGAAACUUUUUUGAUCAUCAAGAGUAUGCACAUGCAAUGUCAGAUAUCAUUGCACAGAAUAUUCUUGUGGAGAAAUGUAUACUUGAUGGUGAAAUGUUAGUCUGGGACACAUCUGCAAAUCGUUUUGCAGAGUUCGGUUCAAAUCAAGAAAUAGCAAAGGCUGCAAGGGAAGGACUUGAUAGUGACAGGCAGUUAUGCUAUGUUGCCUUUGAUGUUCUUUAUGUUGGAGAUACCAGUGUUAUUCACCAAAGUUUGAAAGAACGACAUGAGCUUCUACGUAAGGUUGUGAAGCCUAUUAAAGGUAGCUUGGAGAUUUUGGUUCCUAAUGGUGGCCUUAAUGCUCAUCGUGCUCCUGGAGAGCUAUGCUGGUCAGUCGUUGGUCAUGGUGUAGAUGAUGUUGAGAAGUUUUUUAAAGCAACUGUUGAAAACAGAGAUGAAGGAAUUGUUCUAAAAGACCUUAAUUCAAAAUGGGAGCCUAGUGACCGGAGUGGAAAGUGGCUAAAGUUGAAACCUGAGUAUAUUCGGGCUGGCUCUGAUUUGGAUGUUCUUAUCAUUGGAGGUUAUUAUGGAUCUGGACGUCAUGGUGGGAAGGUGGCACAAUUUUUGGUGGGUAUUUCGGAGCGUCCAUCUCCUGGCACAUAUCCAAGAAGAUUCAUUUCUUUCUGCAGAGUGGGCACGGGACUCUCUGAUGAAGAGCUUGAUGCUGUUGUGACUAGAUUAAAACCAUAUUUCAGGAAAUAUGAAUACCCAAAGCAGACACCACCUAGCUUCUAUCAAGUAACAAACAGUUCAAAAGAAAGACCAGAUGUCUGGGUGGAGAGCCCAGAAAAAUCAAUAAUUGUUUCUAUCACCAGUGAUAUUCGAACAAUAAGAUCUGAGGUGUUUGCUGCACCAUACAGCUUGAGAUUUCCACGUAUUGACCGGGUUAGAUAUGACAAGCCUUGGCAUGAGUGUCUUGAUGUGCAAACUUUUGUUGAAUUGGUACAUUCAAGCAAUGGUACCACUCAAAGAGGGGCAUACUCCGGAAGGGUGAAGGAUCAUGAACCAAAGCAUAUCAAGUCUAAGAGCCGUGAGAGGAAGAAUGCAUUAGUUGUUCCUUCUCAUUUCAUACAGACAGAUGUCUCUCAUAUUAAGGGUGAAACAUCAAUAUUUUCAAACAUGGUAUUUUACUUUGCUAAUGUGCCUUCAUCACAUACUCUGGAUUCCUUGCACAAAAUGGUUGUUGAACAUGGGGGCACUUUCUCAAUGAAUUUGAAUAAUUCAGUCACUCAUUGCAUUGCAGCUGAAAGUAGAGGGAUCAAGUUUCAGGCUGCAAAGCUUCGGGGAGAUGUUGUUAAUUGCUCUUGGCUCUUUGACUGUUGUUCACAAAAAAGGCUCCUUCCUCUACAUCCAAAGUACUUCCUUUUCCUUUCUGACGCAACAAAGAAAAAGUUACAAGAAGAAGUUGAUGAGUUCUCUGAUUCUUACUACAGUAACCUCAAUAUUGAUGAUUUUAAACAGCUCUUGAGCAGCAUAUGUCGAUCUGAAAAGUCUAAAACUGUUGAAUACUAUAAGAAGAAAUAUUGUCCAAAGGAUAAAUGGUGUUGUUUUCAUUAUUGCAGCAUUCACUUUUUCCUUCAUAUGCACUCUUCAAAAAGUUUGGAUCAGAAGGUUUUAUUGGAGCUUGCAAUGAGGAGAUUGAAGCUUGAAGUUUCCAUGGGAGGUGGCAAAGUUUCCGAUGAUCUUUUCCAUGCUACCCAUCUGGUUAUCAUUUCCCUUCCAGAAUUCUGUGUGGACUUUGACACAUUGUUGAGGAGCUUUUCUGUAUCAGAGGGGCGUGUUAUGUGCAGUAACAAACUGCAUGUAGUGGGGUCACAAUGGUUAGAAGAUUGUUUUGAGAAAAACCAGAAGUUGCCUGAGGGUAGUUAUAGUCUGAAGCCCAAGAAUUUUGAAGCAUCUGCCAUUAAAGAGAGUGAAAGUGAGUCCAUGGUUGAAGACCAUAUGGGCAAGCAUGUUAUACCAUCUUCCACAGCUAAAAAUGUGGGAACGGAAAAAGAAGUGGCUUUGGAGGAGUCGACUGUGAACAUGUUGCCUAAGAGGGAUGGCAAAAGAAAACGGAGAGCUAGUGGUAGAAGCACAACUAGAGGUAGAGGGAAAGCAAGCAUCAUCAAACAGCCACGAAGAACAAAGUUUGGAAGCAAACCAGCUAGGAUAGAUGAGAAUGAAUCAAGUGAAAGUGAUGGUUCACGGGGAAUUAGGCAAAAUAAAUUUGGGGGGAGUGAUAAUGAAGAAAACUUUGAAUUCAAGAGAUGGAAUGGUGAAAAUAUAAGCAAUCAUGAUCCAGAAAUCCCAGUGGAAUAUGUAAUUGAAGAUUCAAAGCCGCUGACGGAAGGCAAAGAAAUUGUUGAAGAGUGUAUAGACAAGAAUGGUGUUGGAGGAGAAUGGAAUGCUAGCAAAACCUUAUCUCAAAACCCUCUCGAUCCAGUCCAAUCAAUUUUAUUGAAUAUGAUACCAAGCCUUGAGAAGACAUCCAGCAGCACCAGCACCAGCAUGGAUAUGGGUCUUGAGCAAGAAAAGCCGCCACCACCUUUAGAUCUCACACCAAAUCCAAUAAAGAAGAAGAAAGUGAGCUACAAGGAUGCAGUAGCUGCAUUGCUCAAGGAUUAGUGAAUGUCAGUGCUCUGACUUGUUGACCUCAUGUCUUAUUAUGCUUUUAACAAAUGCCAUGGAUAUAAUUUCCUUCCUGUUGUAACUAUAUGUUAAUGUAUAUAUACACACAUUAGCCAUGAUAUUACUAGUUUGGACUGUUGAGAGUAGUGUUGAAAUUUGUA